CCGGCGGGAUCCCCAGCGAGCCGCUUCCGCGAGGCGGGGCCUCAUCUCGCCGACCCGAGGCACCGAGCCGCAGCCCGUUUAAAAGAGCAAACAGCCAGGAGAAGAUCCACCAUGUGGCAAAGCAACAACAACGGUGCUGCGGAUGGAUGUAGGAAACUUUAGAUUGACACAGACCUCUGCUGCUGAAGCUGAGUAACAGCUAGAGGGGUUGUCAUCCUCUGUGGACCAGAGGGGGAUGGGGCCAAGAUUAAUGUGGAUGCAUCUCAGCUGAGUUUUCCUCCCUAAGAUGGCUGGCUGGUUGAAACGGGUUCUGCAGAAACCAAAGCAAAGCUCCAACUCAAGAAGCAGCUCAACUGCUACUCCCACACGCUCACCUUCCUCCUCCACCUCCUCCCCGGUGAGAAGCUCUAGUUCUUCUGCCAGCAGUUCAGUGCUCCACCCAAGGUCACCACUGACUUCUGCCUCCCAGGUGAACAUCAGCAGCUCAGGAAGUGCCCGCUGGACCAAAAGCUAUGAUGUGUGCAUUUGUCACAACGAAGGGGAUUUUGCAUUUGUCGAGGAGAUGGUCUCCUACCUGGAGAGUCAGCCUGAGACCUUCCGUUGCUUCCUGCAGAUGCGGGAUGCCACACCAGGCAGUGCCAUUGUGACUGAGCUCUGUGAGGCUGUCCAGAACAGCCACUGCUGGGUCAUGGUAAUAACCCCCGGCUUCCUCCAGGAUCCCUGGUGCAGGUACCAAAUGCACCAAGCAUUAGCUGAGGCUCCCAUGGCCAAUGGGCGUACCAUUCCAGUGCUGAAGGACAUUGACCGGAAGGACUACCCCCGGGAGCUGAGAUGCCUCUAUUACAUCCAUGUGACAUUCAAGGAAAAUGGCUUCAGGCAGAUUAAAGACACAGUCUUGCGCUACCUACAGGAGCUCUGUCAGAGCGCCCCAAGCACAACCGAGAGACUGGAGUCCUGCAAGAGAAAGGGAACACCAUAAGGAAGCACAUCCUUGGGAAUGGACCAGGAAUCCACACGGGUAUUUUCAGAGUCUCUGGAGCUGGCUGGAGCUAAGGUCCAGCUUCAUUCUCUGCAAAGCACGUACAGAAUUGCAAAUGGGAACUAACUCCCACAAGGACUUUCGAGUGGAAGCAUCAGGCAGCUCUCUCCUGUGCGCACUAAUAUCAGGCUGUUUUGAGGCUGCUGAGGGUAGCAAUGUCUGACAAUACUGGCAACUGGGCAUCAGUUUCUGGUGCUAAAGACUUGGGGCUUGCACAUGGUUCUGUCAUACUGCACAUGGAAUUGAUUUGCUCCUGAAGCCACAGUGUUGGCAAACUCUCAGUCCUUUGAGGAAGGCAGUUAGUGAUGUAUGGCUUAGGGUUUUGGAGCCCAGAUGGCAGUGGCACAUCUUGACCCCACAUAGCAAUUUCCACAUCACCUUGUCACCCUCGAGUGCCAUGCUGCUUUGACGCGUUUAUCUCAUUGCAGCAUCAUGCUGUGACUUCUUUGUCUAGAUUUUUUUCCUUCCUGCUCUCCAGGUAGCUGUACCAUGGUUACUCAGCAUCCCCCUAUUGAUGUGCAGGUGGCAAAUUACAGCAACUGAAGCACUGACCAGUGCUACAACCAUGUGGCACUGCUGAUUUUAAAAAGGGAUGUCCUACACCUUGAAGAAUGUAGUUAAUGGCUUUUCUAGAGGCAGAUGAAAGGUGUCUAUGAAAGCAUUUUAUAAUGCAUAUUUUACCUUUUAUCCUGCUCUAGACAAGCCUUAGUUGCUGGUCCCUGAAGAGGACAAUAGUUUUUCUAGAUGAGUAACUAAAACCUACUUGCUGUAGGGUUGAUGGCAAUCUCUCUGUGUGCUCAGUGCUGCCCAGCCACCCACUAAAAUUUGCCUCAAUUUCCAGUUUCUCUUGCCAUAUGCUGAGAGACCAUUCUCCUGUGAAUUCUUUUGUGUCAUUCACCAGGUGAGCUUGUUGUUAGGUUUUCCUUCGGCCCCUUCUCCCAGGCUGCUUUAUUACAGGGCUAGAUGGAUGUACACUGCAUUUCAUUCAGCCUUGGGAAUGCAAGUUUCUUCCAUGGACCUUCCACAACAAUAGGGCAGCAAAUUCUGGACACCACUGUUAUACCAAAGUACCUCACAGUCAUUAUGAAGUUGACUUUCAUGAGAUCUCAAAGAUGCAGGUCAGUACUGUGCUUCCAUUUUAUGCAUGGGGAACUGAAACACAGAGAGGCUAGGAGCUAAUGAAGGACCGAGGUGCCUACAGCCGAGGUGCUGCAGAGCCUUAACUCUUAGCUGCUUGGCCCCUGGAGUGGUGUGGAAUCCAAAUCCCUGAGUGAAGCAUCUAGGCUCCUUAUACAGUGCACAGUAAGAGUUAGGCAUCUGAGUACAAGGAUCCAAAACAAUCACACAUUCAGUAGGGAGCUGCCUGGAGCCGGCCAUUAACAUGAUAUGAAAUCCUGUCAUCCUCCGGCUUUAAGUUCCUCCUUAGCAUGAAGAGAUAUAAACCCACAUCUUCCACAUCCCAGGACUGUGUUCUGACCAUCAGACAAAGGUACACUCCAACCUUCCUGUUGAAACUGGCCUGAUGAAACUGAAUUCCUUUUUGCAUAGUGGCCUUUUUUUCAAGAGGACUGGUGGAGCAUACCCAGACUCGUAGUCUGGUAGUUGGGGCUCUCUCCUGGGAGACAUGGGGGUUUGAAUCCCUUCAGGCCAAAGAGGGAAAAUAAAUUUUCCUGGGAGAGGCAGAAGGCAGGGCAGGGUAGCACCUUAGAGAUUUAAUUAGUUCAAAGAGGCAUGAGAUUUCAUAGGUGACCGCCUACUUCAUCAGAUAGUGUUGGAUGAAGUAAGCGGUCACCUAUGAAAGCUUAUGCUUCUCUGAAACUGUUAACCUUCGAGGUGCUGCCCUGCCCUGCCUUCUGUCCAACUUCAGACUAACACAGCUAACUACCUCUCUCUUCCCAGGUGAGUGCUUUAGCAACUAGGUUAUUACAUAACAGAUGGGCACCCCCACAUACUGCACUUUAAAAGAAAGCAGCUACUAGCACAUUUUGUAGGGAAACCAACGUUGUCUUCAUUAGACAUGCACAGAGUGCACCAGCAAAUGUGGGCCCUCAAGACUUACGUGGAGAAAGGCCUUAUUUUUGUAUCUCUAAACAAGCGUGGGCAUGAGAUGGGCACUACGCUGCUUAAAGUGAGACUGUUUUGCGCCUAUGCAGAAGCAGACUUCUAAGCCUCCAGAGGGCUGUAUGGUUGAAAAGGGAGGGGUGUAUGAAUUCAGGCACUUCCAGGGCUCAGCAGCAGCUAGCUUUUAAAAUUGCACUUUUGAGCUUGGGUGCCAAAAUUCAGCCUGUGACCUGCUUUAGACACCAGAGUCCUUUACUGGAUGUAGUCUCAGGUGAUCUGGUAAAGGCCAUGCAGGAAGUCUGUGACAGCAGAGGCUUGAACCCCAGUUAGCUCAUUUGUGAGACCAAUGUACCACUUACUGCUCAAUGACAUUCCACAACCCAGUUCUGAGAUGUUACAACACCAGUCUGUCCCACCUUAACAUUCUCUAGGCCCCAAGGAGUACAUCAACUGACAUGAAGUUCUCUCAUUAGAUCAGUGAUACUUGGAGGAAGAGGAACUAUGAAUAGGAAGACUCGGGCUAUUUUGCAAUGCAUGUUUUUCAAAUGCAAUUUUAAACAUGUUUACAUAAAAAGAAGAAAUAUAUUGUUUUCA